CGAGACGAGUAUCUCAGCUCCUGAAUGAUUUCUGUACUUGCGGGGAAACUGCAAUCUUGUCUGUUGAAGCUUUGAAUUUCGAACUACACACUUCAAAGUAGUUUGAACCGUGAGUAUCUUUAAUUUUCUUACAAGACUUCCUUGAAACGUCUUUGAAUUCGUACUAGUUUUUACUGAAGUUGUGAAUGCUUUUUUCUGGCGAUUUCAUCUACUCUGAAAUUGGGGUGAGAAAAGCAUGGAGAGGAUUCUGUUAUCCGUCCUGGAUGCGAGCCAGGCCGGAGGGGAAUCAGUGUUAACGACAAUGAAGUUUGCAGUUCUGCCCAUUGCAAAGGUUUUCACGAUGUGCUUUAUGGGAUUUCUUAUGGCUUCAAAAUAUGUUAAUAUCCUACCUGCUAGCGGGCGAAAGCUUCUAAACGCGUUGGUCUUCUCACUUUUGCUUCCAUGUUUGAUAUUCUCUCAACUUGGACGGGCCAUCUCUUUGCAGAAAAUGAUUGAGUGGUGGUUUAUCCCUUUCAAUGUAGUUUUAGCUACCAUAACCGGUUCACUAAUUGGUUUAGUUGUUGCAUUAAUCAUCCGGCCACCAUACCCUUUUUUCAAGUUUACUAUUAUACAGAUUGGAAUUGGGAAUAUUGGGAAUGUGCCGAUUGUCCUGAUUGCUGCUUUAUGUAGAGACAAAUCAAACCCAUUUGGAGACUCAAACAAAUGUAACCAAGAUGGGAAUGCCUAUAUUUCCUUUGGCCAAUGGGUUGGUGCUAUUGUCUUAUACACAUAUGUAUUCCAUAUGCUUGCACCUCCUCCUGAAGGUACCUUUGACAUUGAGGACAAAAAUCUUCCGAUCAAGGAACCUCCAAAGAAUGGCACACCUGAGCAAGUUCCCUUGCUUGUACGGGAGCCUGAGUCAACAGAUUCAAAUGCCUUGAACAAAGGAACGAUUAAAAAGUUCUUAGGCUUCCUAUAUGAGAAGUUGAAGCUCAAGCAAAUUCUUCAGCCACCUAUCAUUGCAUCCAUCCUCGCAAUGAUAAUCGGUACCAUACCGGUCUUGAAGCGACUGGUUCUUACGGACGAUGCACCACUCUUCUUCUUCACUGACAGCUGCAUUAUUCUGGGGGAUGCUAUGAUUCCAUGCAUUUUACUAGCAUUGGGCGGUAAUCUUGUAGAUGGACCAGGUAGUUCAAAGCUUGGAUUUAGAACAACGGCUGCUAUUAUUUUUGCGCGGUUGGUUUUAGUCCCUCCUGCUGGGAUUGGCAUUGUUAUGUUGGCUGAUAAGCUUGGCUUUCUCCCACCUGGUGAUAAGAUGUUCCGAUUUGUUCUCCUCCUCCAGCAUACAAUGCCGACAUCGGUACUUUCAGGAGCUGUUGCUAGUUUAAGAGGGUGUGGAAGAGAGUCUGCUGCUGUCCUGUUUUGGGUUCACAUCUUUGCAGUCUUCUCAAUGGCUGGGUGGAUUGUUCUAUAUCUCAGCAUACUAUUCUGAGGGCACAAGUGCUAAUUUUAAUUUAUGUUGAUAGCAUCGUUGAGAAUAGGGUGAUUAGGGUGUUUUAUUCGCCCUUUGAACAUACAAGUACUGUAUAGUAGAGCUUAUGAGCCGCUAAAGGGGC